UCGGGUAGCUAACGUGUCCCUUAUUCUGAGCCCCUACUUGUCAUCUUUAUUUCGGACAUGGCGGAUCUGGAUCCUGCUGCGCUGCACAAUGAGACAGAAGCCGGCAACGCAACCGGGCGCCUGGCCAGCUCCCCCGAAGGAACUGCGCUGGCUUAUGGCAGUCUGUUGGGGAUGGCGCUGCUGCCAAUAUUUUUUGGUGCUUUGAGGAGCGUGACCUGCGCAAAAGGAAAGAAUCCUUCCGACAUGCCAGAAACUAUAACAAGUCGUGAUGCUGCUCGUUUUCCAAUCAUUGCCAGCUGCACCCUUUUUGGGCUUUACAUCUUCUUUAAAAUUUUUUCCCAGGAAUACAUUAACCUGCUCCUCUCUAUGUAUUUCUUCAUCCUUGGUGUGCUAGCCCUGGCGCAUACAAUAAGCCCAGCCAUGAACCGAUUUCUCCCAGAAAACUUUCCCAGCAAGCAGUAUCAGCUGCUCUUCACGCAGGGCUCCGGGGAAAGCAAGGAGGAAAUUGUCAACUAUGAAUUUGAUACCCGGGAUCUGGUCUGUUUAGCUAUAAGUGGAGUGGUUGGUGUAUGGUAUCUUCUGAAGAAGCACUGGGUUGCCAACAAUCUGUUUGGUCUUGCAUUUGCCCUGAAUGGAGUGGAGCUACUGCAUUUGAACAACGUCACUACUGGCUGCAUCCUGUUGGGUGGGCUCUUUAUUUAUGAUAUAUUUUGGGUUUUUGGGACAAACGUCAUGGUGACGGUGGCUAAAUCUUUUGAGGCUCCUAUAAAAUUGGUAUUCCCCCAGGAUCUUCUGGAAAAAGGGCUUGCCGCUAAUAACUUUGCCAUGCUUGGUCUUGGAGACAUUGUCAUCCCAGGUAUUUUCAUUGCGUUAUUGCUCCGUUUUGACAUUAGCCUGAAGAAGAAUUCACACACCUAUUUCUACACUAGCUUCGUGGCAUAUGUGUUUGGUCUGGUACUGACUAUCUUCGUCAUGCAUACCUUCAAACAUGCACAGCCUGCCCUCCUGUAUCUUGUUCCAGCCUGUAUUGGGUUCCCUCUGAUUGUAGCCUUGGUGAAAGGAGAAAUUACAGAAAUGUUCAGCUAUGAAUCCUCUGCGGAGCUCCUACCUCACACUCCUCGCCUCUCUCACUUCCCGGCAGUCUCUGGAUCUCCUGCUAGUCUGGCUGACUCCAUGCAGCAGAAAACCUGCUCCCCCCGACGCAGGCGGCAUCUGCAUCCGAGUUCUAUGUGACUUUCCCCUCCUUUCACUCCCAACAGGUACGAGGAACAAAGUAAAGAGAAGGACCAGCCUACCACCCUUACAGAAGAGAAAGAGAAGAAAGAGGACUGAGCCCCUUCCCCUGACUUGUUCAUGAUAACUGGGGAUUAAAUUCAGUGGGACUGAAUGAGCAGAGCCCCCAGUGCUGUCACCUCUCCCUGCCAUCUGUGUUAAGCUUAUUCCCCCCGUAAGUUUCCCUGACCCUUGGGUGUUGUAUGUGCCUGUAAGUCUUACUGGGCCCGUAUUUUUAUAUUUUGUACGGUGGGUUUGCUUUCUACGGUAUUAAAUCAUCUGUGACGAUGCGUCUGUGCUCCAGUCUGUCUGAAGAGAUAUACAAUAUAUGACCCCGCAAGGAUCUCACACUUGCAGUAGCCCAGAGGACCCAGUCAUUGUUUGAAAUGUCCCUGCAUCACCUUGUGUGGUGGUUUACCAAAUGGUGUAGAAAUGUUGUUAGUCUAUGAUUAUGGUUGUCUAGCCAUAUCUUGAUCUAGUGGUGUUGCACCUGCAUGGCCAAAGGCGGGUUCCUCCAUUGCAGUGUGAACUCCUUAGGACCACAAUGUCAGUCACUAGUUUUGUUAUUCCUUUAUGUUGUAAUUCAAAAUACAGCAUUAUACCCUGUAAUGCUACUUUCCAUUUAUUUUCUAGCUUAAAUAUAAAGGUGCCCCCAGACUGUGAGGCUAGAGCCCCUAACUUUUUAAGAUCAUUAAAAUAAUUUUGUGAACAUUUGAAGCCCUUUCCCUUUGGUACUACCCCUUUUAUUGAACAAGCAUUUUGCUUUUAAAGUCUUAUCCCUCCAUGUCUUCUUGCCUGUACUAGAUGCAGUCACACAUUGCCUAUAAUAUUUCACAAUAAGUCACCCAUGUAACAUGUAGGUGCGACUGUUCAGAUGUCAGUGGCACCCCAUUCUUUUGCCAGAGACUUUCCUCGAAAUUACCAUCUUUAUGUCCAUUAUAUUGCAUGAGACAUGUCACAUGACUUAAAAGUUGCAGCACUAUUGGUACCAUAUUUCACAGGCCACAUAACACUGCAGGUCAUUUAUUGCUAUAAUUUAUACAAUAUAUUGAUGUCAAAGACCUCACCUGUUUCAAUUGAUCAUUUACCCUCUGCAAAUCUCCUAUAGGAAAAUGCAUUAUGUAUACCUGAUCUCCUUAAGUCCUUACAUGUCCCAGCAGAUACAUUUGUAUCCUAGUGCUCAGUUUUCCACAAGAUUUUGCAUCCAAUGAAGUGUACUAAAUGGUAUAGGAAGGAUGUGUAGCCCACCUUAUUAAUGAUAACAAAUUCUCAAAUCAUAUCAAUUUAUAUCCAAUAAUAAUAGUGAUAUAUUGUAACCAUGCCCCUAAAUAUAAGUUUUAGCUGAUCAGGUCCAGCUUAGGGCUAGUUUUACAUUCCAGAUGAAAACUUUAUCAACUGUAAGUAACAACAUACAUAUCGAUUAAAAACUGUGGAGUAUAUUAAUGUUUACUAAAGGCUUACAACUGUAAUUUAAACUAGCCAUAAAAGUACAAAGUCUUAUGAGGGAUCCAUAGAAUACUUUUAAACUCCAAGUUCUAGAUAUGAGUCUCCUUUUUAAACAGUAAUAGGAAAAAUAUGCCCAAUGCCUUAAUGUUUAAACCCUGACAGCAAAGGGAUAACACAAACGCUGCCAUGCAGUAGAAGUAUUAAAGUAUGCCAGAUAUCUAUCGAUAUAAAAGGUCACUUCAACUUUAAUGCUUUUAUCUAAUGGAAUCAAGCAGGUGUUAUGAAGUUCUUGAAGUAUGUAAAUAGGCUAUGAUAUAGGGCCUGAUGAUCCAAGAUUCUCCUGCUUGGAGAGAAAUUGUAGUGCAGACUUCACAGGGGCUGAACUCAAUGAAUAAUCAAAGAAAAAGGGCGUAACUCUCCAGCACUGCAAGAUCUCUCAUUUCUGUAUCUGAAGGAGAGACAAACCCAGAGCAAUAUAGAACUGCACAAUAUGAGUGAUUUGUUACACUUGCACUUUGUUCUUUGUAUUUUAUAUUACUUUACACUUAAUAUUGGGUCCUUUCAGUAUUAUUACAUUCAAAAAGUGGUAGGGACUGGGCUUACCAGAGUAGUUCACAGUGUAUGUCUCUCGCAAGUCUUGUGAAAUGCUGUUAGCAUUUUAAACAAGCUGAUUCACUGUUUUUUCGUGUCGGGUGUAUGCAGGUGAAGUUUGUUCAAAAUGUACAAUACUUAUUUAACUGACUGAAAAGUAAUAUAUACUAAACUAUAGGCAAAAGCAAUUUAAAUUGUAGUGAAAACAUUUUAGUUUAAUUUGGAAUUGAUGCAAACUGAGCCUUUAUAUCAGUCCCAGAUCUUUUCCAGUUACCUUCUCUCCCCUAUGAAAUUCUGUAUCCCAGGGAAAUUCAUUAACUUUCUAUGGAAGGCAUCUCUCUGGAACUUCCAGGUUCCGCCCUUUAUCUUAUAGAAUUCAGUGAGUUCAGCCCCUGUGAAGUCUGCACUAUAAUUUCUCUCUAAACUAGAGAAUAUUUACUAAUCAGGCCCAUAGCUUCAUUACUUUCUAUCAGUUUUUCAGUUUUAUUUUAAAAGAAGAAAUACAAUGCAAUUUGCUAAAUAUACAUAUAAAUAUACAAAGAAUUAGACUCAUUUUAAAGGGCCAUAAUACCCAAAUGUUUAAACACUUAAAAGUGAUGCAGCAUAGCUGCAAAAAAGCUGACUAGAAAAUAUCACCUGAACAUCUCUAUGUAAAAAAGAAAGAUAUUUUACCUCAAAAGUUCCUCAGUAGCCACAUCCCAUUGUAAUCGACUUCUAAGCAGCAUAUCAGUAUAUCUGUCCCAGGACAGCCGAAGGGUUGAGCCUCGUGCACUUUCAUGUUAUUUCCUAUUCAGUGUAAGGAAGUUUACAAUUAAAUCUCAUGAGAGUUAAAUGAAAUCUCAUGAGAUGACAGUAAAAGAGUUCAUGACCUCAGCACUGCUGAUGCUGAUUGGCUGCUGUUCAUUUCUUCAUUUUUUAAAAAAAUGUUUUAACUGCAGCUGGGCAGCAGCUGAUUAUAACUUUUUACACAGAACUUACUCUGCUAAGCUGAGGAAAUAGCGAGGUAAAAUAUCUUCCUUUUUUACAUAGAGAUGCUCAGGGGAUAUUUUCCUGUCAGCUUUUUACAUUAUACUGCAUCAGUUUCAAGUGAUUUAGCAUAUGAGUAUUAUGUCCCUUUAACACAGAAACUCAGAAAGCAACAUCAAAAUUUGUAAAAUCACAAUCUUAAAUGCAAUUUUACACAAAAUAAAAUACAUAAUAGAAAGUGAAAGUUUAAAUGUAAUAACACUUAAUCUGAAGUAUAAAGUAAUAAAAAAUACAAAGCAUAGAAGCAUAGUAAAAUCUACCUUUUAAAAAUCUCACUUUGGAAUCUUGCAGCACUGGAGCAUCAUUUUAGAUCAUCUCACCUAAGUGAAGAGCUUUUCUUCAUCAGGCCCUUAAUGAGAAAAUGGCCGAAUCUUGUUACUUAACCUUUGUUUAAAUGGACAGUAAACACCUUUUAAUUACAAGUUGUUUCUGUUGUGUUGCUAUAGAAUAACACAUCAGCUAAGUCUUAACGUUUUUUUAAACAAAGUAAUAUCCUUUUUACUGCAAUUGUUUAUCAAUAGCCAAAUUCCACCCACCAUUUGCCUUAUAUGGAGGAGCCAAUCUGGGCUUUAGUCUGCAGACAACAAGGCUAAUCAAAUAAAUGCAUUUUAGACAAACUUUAUGACUGAGGUUCUUAUCAGUUAAAGUCAAUUAGGAACAUAUAUAUGUAGCAGAGUUAGCCUUUGGAAGUCACCAGGGUGCAUGUCAAGUUCUGAGUAUUAGAAAUUGCUCCACUUUCAGAAUUAAAUUACAUGAAAAGGGGGCAAAAUAAAUUAUACAUGUUUACUAUCCUUUUAAAUAUAGAUACUUAAAUUCUGUGCUAAAGACAGCUUGUCAGAACAUACUCCCUGAGGGCCAGUUGAUCUAAAGUUUUUUCCGAUCAGGCGAGCUGAUCUAAGAAGUCUCGUCAGUAUGGCAAGGUCUCUCAAAAAAUGUUACCUUGAGAGAUGUUUAUCGUGUUAUGCAGGGUUCUGUAUGACUAUAUACUGUCUAAAAAAAAAUACCAAAGAUUUUGUGUGAUUUCUCUCCACACCGACAAAUUUUUAACCAUUGGGCCCCUAUCAUAGGUAAACUUGGAGAUUGAGAAAGCAUGACAAUGGUUAGCUGCACAUCUGUACUUAAAAAUGUCUCCAAGUGUUUCCUAUUAGCAAGGAGGUUAUACUAUGGGCAGAAAAAAAAUAAAAAAAUGUUUGCAGAUUGAACCAUUUUGUGUAUAUGCCUCGUGUGAAGUAGCAGGAAGUACUGCCUAAUUCAUUUAAACAUAUUUACAUUUUUGUUUAUAAAAAAAUAACUAAAAAAAAUAGUUGACAAAUUGGUAGUUUGGAUUAAAGAAAAAGUAAAUAGCAUAUUCUUAUACCACACUGUAAGAACGAUAUACCCGGUUGCUGGAGCUGUAAACAAAAAAAAAAGGGAAUUAUAUUACCACUGUCAUAAGUAAAACGGUGGUGCAUAUUAAAACACAUUGACUGUUAACACAAAAGUUACGCAGAUAAUGUAUUGUACAUAUUUUAUUUAAUAUGGUGCUUUAGCACUUUGUUAGGGACCAAGAGCAAGUAACCAAUCGUUCUGUUAUGUACUUAAUAGUGACAUCAUCACCAUGCAACUACUAUUACAGUGUUUAAAACUAAUUUCACCAAAAAGAGUGAAACAAAAUAAUAAAAGGUUUAGGGUUUAGCACUUGAAGUCAUUAUCUCAAAGUACUUGAGUCUGUGUCUACCUCUGGGAUGUUCCUGUACACAGUCUAAAGAGCUAUAAGUCAAAUGUUAAUGGUGCUUUUAUUUUAUUAUUUUAUUUCCCCCCUUUUUUUUUUUUUCUUUCUUUCACCUAGGCCUUCUGAAGGUUCUGCCAUAUGUCGUUUAAUAAACAAUGUUGCUAUUUCCAUGUGAAUCUUGGGAAAUAUCCAUACUAACACAUAUAUAUCAUAUGGUGCUUUAGUUUAAUGCAUAUGUUAUUGAUGGGGGACAUGGGGUCUCCCCAGUCACAUAUUUACACAUUGUGUGGGGACAUAUUCUAAUAAAGUCGUCUAUAAUAUA